UCCUCCAAUUCUUCCUCCACCUUCCCUGUUGCUAUGGAGACCACCAGUGGGGCUGAGACCUGGCAUGAGAGCCUGCACGCUGUGCUGAAGGCUUUAAAUGCCACUCUUCACAGCAACUUGCUCUGCCGGCCGGGGCCAGACAACCUGACUGAGGAGAAGCGGGCCAGCCUGCCUGGCCGCAAUGAUAACUCCUACAUGUACAUCCUCUUUGUCAUGUUCCUCUUUGCUGCCACUGUGGGCAGUCUCAUCCUCGGAUACACCCGUUCUCGCAAAGUGGACAAGCGCAGCGACCCCUAUCACGUGUACAUCAAGAACCGUGUGUCUAUGCUCUGA